CUCAGUGAGUGCAGCUGCUGUGCUCCACCUCCAGUGGCAUGCCCUCUGACCUUCAGCCGCAGCGGUAUAUAUAUCCGGGGGAGAAGAUCGGCAGUCCUCUGGCAGCCAAAAUGAAGCUUCUGGUGACUGCGUGCUGCUUACUGUGUCUCCUGGCUCUGUCAGCUGCAGACCUCCUAGCAGAGUCCUCCAUCCACGAUGAGGAGCCUCUGAUGCAUCUUCAGCUCCAGCAGCCAGAUGGAGAUAUCUUCCCCUGUGGAUGUGACACAACAGAUGCCAGCCAGACCUCAUCCAAUGACACCCCGGCUCCAGAGAGAGCCGUGUGCCAGCCCUGCAAACCCCUGUCAAGUAAUGAAGAAGAGCUGGUGGCCUCGUUGGAUCAAGAGUUGGACAAAGUACCUCUACCUGAGGAGGAUUCUUCUGCUGAGGAAGAUGCAACUGAAGGAAGGGGUCCUGAGGAGAUUGUAGAGGAUGAAGAAGUAACAUCUGAGGAUCAAAACAAGAAAAAGGAAGUAUCUGAGGACAUUAUAAAGGAGGAGAUCACAGUGGUGGAGGUUGAGGAAAAAGAGGAGACUCCUGUGGAAGAGGAGCUGAAAGCACCAGAGGAAUUAUCCGAGGUAGAUGAAGAAGAUGUGAAUCUGGGUACUGAACCUGCAGCUGACAAAGGCAAUGUUGAGGAUUUAGAAGAUGAAGGGGCAGAAGAGGUUGAAACAGUACCUGAACCAGAGGAAAGACAUCCAGAUUUGACAAAAUACCUGAAACCAGUAUUACAGGAGCUAUCAGAUUCAGAUCCAGUGGAAGAACCAGAAGCAGAGCAAGAAGUCACCUCAGAACCUGAGCUGAUUACUGACCCUGACCCAGAACCAGAAGUCAUCCAUCAGGUUAACCAGGAACCCUCUGUGAAAGGUACUGUGGAAGAUGUAGUGAAGGAAACUACAGAGGACACUCCAGCAUCUGAACAGGGUUCUGAUGCAGAUGUGGCAUUGGAGGAAGUACCUGCAGAGGAGCCUGUACAGUCUAAAGCUAAAGAGGGUGAGGCCAUUGGGUCAGGCUUGAGAGAUCGCUCCCAUAUUGAGGAGAUGUUGCGACUGGCGACGACUGAACCAUCAGCGGAGUUCUCUGGCGCCAUAAAGAGACUGUUGAACAUCUACCAUAAGGCAAUCAAGCCAAUGGAACAAGUCUUUAGGUACAAUGAGCUCAGGCAACAUGAAGUUACAGAUGGUGAGAUCACCUCAAAGCCAAUGGUUCUGUUUCUGGGACCCUGGAGUGUGGGCAAGUCUUCUAUGAUCAACUACCUUUUGGGUCUCCAUGGCACACCCCAGGAACUUUACACAGGUGCUGAACCCACCACGUCUGAGUAUACCGUCAUUAUGCGUGGGGAGAGGUUUCGGACCAUAGAGGGCAUUGUGAUGGCGGCAGACAGUUCAAGGUCCUUCUCUCCCCUGGAAAAAUUUGGCCAGGGCUUCUUAGAGCGACUGGUCGGCAUCGAGAUGCCCCACAAGCUGCUGGAGAGGGUCACCUUUGUUGACACGCCAGGCAUCAUUGAAAACCGCAAGCAGCAGGAGAGAGGUUACCCAUACAACGACGUGUGCCAGUGGUUCAUCGAUAGAGCAGAUCUUAUUUUCCUGGUGUUCGACCCCACCAAACUGGAUGUGGGAGGAGAGCUGGAGAUGCUCUUCCGGCAGAUGAAGGGUCGCGAGUCCCAGAUUCGCCUUAUCCUUAACAAGGCAGACAGCCUCUCUACGCAGGACCUGAUGAGGGUCUAUGGAGCCCUGUUCUGGAGCAUGGCACCACUUGUCAAUGUCACAGAGCCACCUCGCGUGUACGUCAGCUCCUUCUGGCCUCAGGACUAUGCUCCAGACACCAGCCGAGAGCUCUUCAUGAAGGAGGAAAUCUCCCUUUUAGAAGAUCUCAACCAGGUGAUUGAGAACCAGAUAGAGAACAAAAUUGCCUUCAUUCGCCAGCAUGCCAUCCGUGUACGCAUCCACGCUCUGCUGGUGGACCGCUACCUUCAGACCUACUACGACAGGCUGGGCUGGUUCGGAGACCCGUAUGAGGUCUUCCAAGACAUUGUGAAUGACCCGGAUAAGUACUACAUCUUCAAGUCAAUUCUGGCCAAGACCAAUGUCAGCAAGUUCGACCUGCCCGCCAAGGAGGCUUACCAGGACUUCUUUGGGGUCAACCCCAUUUCCAACUUCAAGCAGCUCUUCCAGCUCUGCGGCUGGACUGACGGCUGCCUCCUGGAGAAGAUUGAGAAAGCUAUCUCACACGAGCUUCCAGCUCUGCUCAGCAGCAUCACCAAAAGCUCAGAGGUACCAGACUCUGCAAAGACUGCCCCAGCCCCCCCACCACCUCUCCCCGGUACCUGUGAGGGUCCUGAGUGUGGAGAGAAACCCAAAAACCGCUGGAGAAAGCAGUGAGAUGGAAGGGAAGAGUCCAGGAGGCAGUCUGGGGACAUAGGAGACAGAGGGUUUCCUGAAAUAAUGUCCACUGGGGUGGAUUUCAGGAAUAACUGCAUGGAAACUGGAUGGGAGAAAUGUGCAAAAAACUCAAUACAGAAUGAACUUCAGAAUAUUUUGUGUUACUACUUAAAUGGAAAGAACAUUUGUCUUACAGGUGUUCUGUCAGUUUUAUUUGAAAACUGAGAAAAACAGUACAGGGCCCUCCACAUUAAUUAAUUUUGUAAUGCUCCACCAUACAUUUAAACAGUUUUUUUAUUUAACAUUUGAACUUGAAUAACUUAAAAUUUCAAUGGGAAAAAAUUCAAUGUGCUUUUUUUUUUUUUUACCAAGUUCCUGCUGCCACUCUUAUUCGUACCCCUACUUCCCUGGUCUUCUCCUGUAAUAUCUAACGUGUAAAACAGUUGAUGAUACCAUGCACUCUAACAUGAUUUCAAGGCUCUUUGGAAGUCAAACAGGCCCAUAGAUUCACAGUUAAAGUCCCAGCAGAGUUUCUUCACACUUCGUGUCUUGUGAUUUUAGAACUAAAAAUGUUUUUUAUGGCAAACCAGUUUGCAUUUAGAUAGCAUCUAAUACAGGGGUGUCCAACUCUGGUUCUCAAGGACCGGUGUCCUGCAGGUUUAAGAGUCUCUGACCUCAGAGCCCAUGGGUGAGAGCUUGGAUGGUGGAGGGGCCAAGAUGGGGACUUAGAUGAUAUGAUCGUUUGUUACGGGCAAGUAAAUAAAAAAUAUACUAAC